CUCCCUCCCUCCCCCCACCAUUACUUUCGCCCGUCCUUAUCAAACCACCCGCUUCCCCUUCUCCCCUUUCAUUCCCUGAUUUAUUACCCUCUUCCUGACCUUUUCGUGAUCUUAUCACUUAUAUUCAUUAACCAUGGCCGACUCUCUGACUGAAGAGCAAGUUUCCGAAUACAAGGAGGCCUUCUCCCUCUUUGACAAGGAUGGCGAUGGACAAAUCACCACCAAGGAGUUGGGUACCGUCAUGCGUUCCCUCGGCCAGAACCCUUCCGAGUCUGAGCUUCAGGACAUGAUCAACGAGGUCGACGCUGACAACAACGGCACUAUCGACUUCCCCGAAUUCCUUACCAUGAUGGCUCGUAAGAUGAAGGACACCGAUUCCGAGGAGGAGAUCCGCGAGGCAUUCAAGGUCUUCGAUCGCGAUAACAACGGCUUUAUCUCCGCCGCGGAGCUGCGCCAUGUCAUGACCUCCAUCGGUGAGAAGCUCACCGAUGACGAGGUCGAUGAGAUGAUCCGUGAGGCGGACCAGGACGGUGACGGCCGCAUCGACUACAAUGAGUUCGUCCAGCUCAUGAUGCAAAAAUAGACGGCUGUCAAUAAUCAAUCUGUUAAUCUUUUUGUUAGCGAAAAGGGUGGGGGCAAAGAAGUAUACUCCACAGUCUCCCAUCUUAUUCCUUAUACCGCUUUCUGUAGUCUAUUUAUCGAUUGCAGCCACCAGUGGCUGGUCAUUAGCGCGCGUUCCAUUGUUAUAGUCGUAUCAGUUGUCAUUUCUGUGAGGAAUAGUAGAGUAGACAAUGACAUUAAACCGAGGCUGG